AUGAACGUGGAGGAGAAAUACAAACUGUUUAAGGAAAAAUAUAAAGAGAUAAAGGAGCAAAAUGACAUCCUCAAGAAGGCCAUCGUGGAGUACAAAAAGGACAUUAAGCAGCUGGAAAAAGAUAAUGAGGAGCAGAAGGAUAAAAUUAAUCGCAUGGUGAAUGAGAAGAACGACUUGUUGAGUAGCAACAGCCAGCUGUCCAGCAAAGUGGCGCAGCUGACAAGUUCUCUGGAGGAUAAGAAGAAGGGAAACUCCGCGUGGCGCAACUUAAUGCUGCUGCCAAAAAACUCACGAGAAAACAUGCAAGAGUCCGUCGCCUUCGAGGAGCUAGAAAAUAAAAUAAAGGAAAAUGAGAUACUUCACAAAAAAGUGGAGGACCUGCAGAAUGAGAAUAAAGAGAUAGGAAAGGAGCUGGACGCGUGUAGGACCUCCCACAAGGAUAAACUAAACGAAAAAGAAAAAACCAUUGAAAGUCUUAACGACAUUAUUACCAACUCCAACAAAAAUGUUAUGAGGUUGGAGCAGGAAAGAGACAAAAUCAGAAAACAGGUCGAACAGGACAAAACAAAUUUUGCCCGUGUUAUAGAAAAUAAAAAUGAACACAUAAAAAAAAUGGAGAAAAUAUAUAAAGCUAUGAGGAGAAAGUGCUACCCAAAGUAUAAAAUCAAUUUUAAUAAAAUCCCGCUUUCGGCGAGACCAGACCAUUAUGAUGGUUACCUGCAGAGCCAAAUUAACCAGCACUGCAAAUUGUUACAAAGCCACAUCCUUAAUGCAAUACAAAAGUUGCAAGAGUAUCUUCUGAGGUGCAAAAAUACGUUUGCGUCUCAAGCAAACCAGUUAAUCGAUUUUUGUCACAAAUUGGAGGGAGAGAAAAAGGAUGCCCAGGUGAACUAUUCUAGGGUUGCGGACCUAAAGAAGAUUUCCCAAAAGGAAGUCAGCUACCUAGGGGAAGUGAUCACUCUGUUAGACGACCUCGGGAUAUGGCUGAAUGGGAGCCAAGACAAGGCAUACGCUCAGUCCCUCCUGCGAAGCAUGUCCAGUACCGUAAAAAAAAUUUUCCUAAACGUGAGCGUCUACCUGUGUGUCGAAGAAUACCUUUUCCCAACAUCCACCACAGCGAAAACCUUUACACUGAAAAAUGUAACUCUGGAAAUGAGGAGCUUGAAGAGACUUGUGCUCAAAGCCAUUCACUUUUUUGAAUUCAUCUUGUUUGUUACUCCAUACGAAAAUGAACGGAUAGUGGAAGAGCACUUUAAAAAGAGAAAUGUAGUUAACCGUGUCGACGGAAUUGUUAAAUCAGAAAGGACGAAUAAUGGAGAGCAGUGCCAUGUGGAGGCGAACUACGAAGAAGUAGACACGAGUCUCCCAAGCAGUGAAGACGACACUCUCAGGAGUGAUCAAAUGCCAAAGUUGAGAGGAAUCCAUUUUAAAGAAUUGCUCCAAGAAAGAGAAAAAAACUCUCUGUCAACAUUUGAACAAUUAAAAAAUUGCUCAGAAAAAAAUAAAAAAUUGGUUACAUAUCUCGAGAAAAAAUUCCACAACCUGUUAGAAGACUUUUGUCACGCAUUAAAAUUUUUAAAGUCCUACUUCUCCUUUCGCAUUUUUGAAAUGAAGGGAUCGGAAAUUCUCCAUGUAGACAACUCCAGGGUAAUGACAGAAAUGCUAGACGCAACAGAAUCGCUCAUUAAGUAUCUCGAAAUGUUCGAUGCUGUGGGAAAGCAGUCCCUCCCCUUAAUGGCCUUCCUGUCUUACCAAAGAUUUAAUACCCGAAUGGCCUUUGAAGAGGAAAGUAAUUUGUUAAGUAGGAUCAACGGGGCGUUUAGUCAAACCAGGCAUAUCCCCUACGCCCUGCUGGAACGCAGCUUCGGGAACCUCCAAAUGUGCAAGAAGGACAAGGAUCAACUGAAUAAGGCCCUCUUGCGAAAAACAAAGUUAAUUAAAAAGUUGAAGAAGAAUAAUAACCAGACCCUUGGCGAACUUAAGAACGUGCUGCUGACCAACAAGGAACUGACCCUAAACAACCAGUGCCUGGCCAACUGCUUGACCCCAAAACGGGAAACCAUCAACCACGCUGGGGAGGAACACACAACCGAUGAGGACAUCCAGAAAUAUGCUGAGAUGGUCUUUAACUUUGUCACGUAUAGCAACUCAGACAAGCCAGGAUUAACUGUUCACGAGAAACAGCUCAUCGAGGCCUACGUCUCCUCAUGCAUACGUAUAAAAAACUUACACAUGGAAAUACGGAAGCAUGUAGAGGUUCUGGAAAGCCUACAAAAUGGGUUCAGCGUUAAGGAGGACGAAAUACAAAAACUGAACCUCCAAAUAGAGGCGUACAAGGAGGAAGAAAUAAAUAUUCACAAAAAAUAUGAAGAGCAGAUGAACACCCUGCACGAUUUAAUCGUCACUCUGGAAAAGCAAUUAUCUAAACUCAGCUCUGAAAAAAACGUGAACAAGUUUUUCAUCCUCUGCUCCAUUUGCGGAAGCAAAAACAGCAUCGGAACCAUUCUGAAAAAUCGCAAGUGCCUCAAGUGCAGUUCGAUAAUUAUUUUCCUCCAAUGA